CACAUCUUUGGCUUCGUCUGACAGACAGGCAGACUCGCUGACUCUGACUAAUCGCCUACUGUGUUUUUGUUUUUGGUUCCUUGGCAGCAGGUUGUGCAGUGACAAAUUGUGCAAACAUGGACAUUCAAGCUGCGCUAAAUACGCCGCAUAUUCGCGUCAAGCUGAUUGCAGCGAUUCACUUCAUCUUGACGGUGUUCGCCCUUGAAGGUUACUGGCUGCCCUCGGCCUACCAGUUCUACAACCUUAUCUACAUUCUGACGCUGUUUUGGGCGAUUCACGACAAAGAGUCGACCGAUGCGGUUCACAUAGCAUCGCUGGUGAACGGGGCGAGCUUUCUGUUCGAUUUGAUUGCCAUUAUUGGGCACUUUCCCAGCGUGGGCGGGAUAUUCUCGGUGGUGUUUGCGAUCUUCAACCUGGCGCUGAGGCCGUUCACGCUGCUGCUGCUGCACCGGGAGCUGACCGAGCGGGGCGGCAGCAUGAGCUUUGGGGCGGGCCGAUCCGGCGACAAUCCGACCAGCUACGAGGACAUUGACCGGCCGCAUCAGUCGUUCUCGCCGGGGGUUUAGAGAGGGGAAAGAGGAUUUUUUGUACUGUAAAUAACGAAAAACACCAAAAAUAACUGCUGCUAACGGUGAGGGAGAGAAGAAAUCUUUAUUUGACACUGAUUAAUUAUUAUUAAACUUUAAAUAAAAAUGAUUGAUGUUUCAAUAGUC